ACCCUUGUGAAGAGCGGUGUCAGCCCCUCCGAGCGGAAAAGCUGCCGGGAAGAAGGUAACCCUGCAGCCAGGGUGUUUGUAUUUCAUAUUUGAACAGUGCUGGUGGGGUGCUCGGUUUGCUUUUCACUGUGGAGGGCAGAGCUGUGCCACGCUACAAUUCCUCUCCCCUUUUGGCUGCUAAUUUGCCGUGUUUCUGAAUUUACGCUUUAUUGUCCAUAGAUAAUUUUCUCUCUGAAACAAAGACGAUUUGUGUAAGAGAGUAGAAUAACAGCAUACGUGUUUGAUAUGGGUCUGUCUAUGCUUGAAAUAAUCCAGCAUCUAAUUUUUAAUGAAACAUGAAAGAAAGCUAGAGCUCAGCACAAUCCGUGCCCAGCGAAGAUCCUAAUCUUCCCUUUCCAACAGCGGAGAGCUGCAGCGGGCACAUCUGUUCCAUGACCGAGCAGCGUGGUAGCCGCUGGCCCCGGGAGGGAAGUGCACUGAGCCGGCAGCCUGAGGUCCCUCUGCUGGGCGAUGGGAACCGGGCAGCGGUAGAAGGCAGCGACCGGCCGGGGAGCGCAGGCGGGGGGCCGGGCCUGGGGUCCCCCAGCUGCUGGCUCUGCUGAGGGUGUGAUGGAAACCCCCUGAACGACAAGCCGGGAAAGACUUGCUGCAAAGGUGUGUUUCUCCGGCCACCGCAUGAGUACGUCCUCCCCCUGCGAUGGCCACGCAGCCCACUCUGGCAUGGGUGCUGCUGCUCAGCCUGCUGGCCAGCUGCCUGCCAGCCGUGCAGCCCAGGGACUUCACCGUGAAGGACAUUGUCUACCUCCACCCUUCCAGUAAGCCACCUUUGCGCAGGCUGCAAAGCCACAGGCAGCCGCGGCAUGGGGCCACACCAUAUCCUCGUGGAUUUAAGUGUUUCACCUGCGAAAAGGCAGCGGAUAAUUAUGAAUGCAACCGAUGGGCCCCGGAUGUCUAUUGUCCAAGAGGUACAAGAUACUGCUUUAGCCAACACAUGAUGAAAGUUACUGGGGAGAGUGUAUCUGUCACCAAACGCUGUGUACCAUUAGAGGACUGUCUGUAUACAGGAUGCACAUAUGUAAGGCAUGAAGGAUACAAGAUCUGCACCUCCUGCUGCGAAGGAAGCAUCUGCAACUUGCCCCUACCAAGGAACACAACAGAUGCUGUAUUUACAACCCUCUCCCCCCUCAACAAAACACAGAGACUUUCACAUCCUGCCCUGCUGACAGCAGUGUGUCUUUGGCUGGGGUUUAUCUCACAGCACUGGAUUGUGCUGCCAGGUCCAGGCAGCUGAGCUGCGUGAGAGCAUCUGCGUGAACAUUCAUCCUCUCCCUACAGAGCCUGUGGCUUGGAGUUGUCUUUGGAACUGCUUUUCCUCCUGAUUUCUUGCUAACCAUGAACUAGCCAGCCUGGAAUCUAGAUGUAUUUGAAGGGUGUAAACCCCACCCCCACUUCUCCACUGUUUUCUGAAGAAACUCAUGCAAGAUGCUCCCAGAAUCCAUGGCUGAGAUGGAUGCAUACACUUUUCUUAAUGUCUAUCUUUAAACGUACUAUAUUGCCGAUAGUAUCAAUACUUACUCACUUGAAACUUUAUUAUAAUUUGUCAGAGCACUAACUCUGGUGUCUCAUUAACCUCUUCUGAGAACAUACAGUAAAUAAUACACAGUCAGUAUAUGUCUUUGCAGUAUCCCUGUAUCUCUUGUUCUCCUCUGAGCAGGCAGGAAUUUGUAGCAAGGCAGCAGUAGCCAUCAAAAGAGCAGCAGCAGCUUCGAUCAGGCCAGCAUCAUUCGAAGAUGCUUCCUCUGAGGUUGUCCACCAGAAGCCUGAAGAGCCACCCCUACAACAGCGCACACGGGGAUGUGCAGAAAAUCACUGUUGCUUAUAAACUGAACUGCAAAAACUCUAAAACCUCUGUUUCUGAGGCAUGGUUAGAGGGGAGGAGGGUGUGCGGCCCCUGACCCUCAACUGCAAGGAGGUAAGGUUAUGGGGAGCGGGUGGGUGGCCCAGUUGAGAUGCUGGUGCCUACCAAGCCAAAGGGUUCUCAGUGUUCUGGGGCUUUACAUAUUUUGGCAUUACUAGAUACAGCUGUAUUUUGGUGACCUGUGUUGCUUGUUUUGCUCAGAAAUCAUCUAUGCAAUAUUUAUUUUUGUAUGUUGAGUAGGAUUUAAAGUGUUUAAAAGAUUCUUAAUACCUAUAUUGCCAGGUAAAAUGGUUGUUUUGCAAGUAAACAAGCCUGUAAUAUAUAAAUUAUCAUAUAUAUAUAUAUAUAAAAGUUCUUAAUUUUUAAAAGUCAACUUUGUUCGCAAGGUCUAUAAUAAAAGCAGGGUGUCACGGACUUGCUUUAAAAUUAAACUAAACUCUUCUGUAAUUUUUUUUCCCUUUUUUAACUACAGUCAUAAAUUGUUCUUUUAGGAGAUAACUCUUUGCUACUUGUGCUCCAAGGCACCUUGUGCUUACCAAGUUACAGUAUGGUUAUGCUCUGAAGUGCUUUUUUUGGUGAGCUAUACAGUGAAAGGCAGGUGAAGGAAGGCAAUGCUGGAAUGCAAAUGCUUUGUAAAGGGCUCCUAGAGAGUACAGGCAAGCCCUCAUCUACCGGCGUGUGCAUUGCAUACCAGUAACAGCGAGAAAUCCACAGAGCUGAGCACGCAAGGUGCUGUCCUGAGCUUUGUGGCCUAUAGACUGAACCUUGAUUCUACUUCCAGGGAGUUUUACUGGAGGCAAAUGAGGAGGAGGAGCAGGACCAAGAGCAGCAUUCCCUCCCAGUUUAGUUUCAGGUGAUUUCCCUGGGGAAGGAAAGCAGGCUGGAAGCCUUGGUGUAUUUUGCUGGGCAAUGUCUUUUAAAGACGUAUGCAUAUAUCAUCAUG